CAGUGUGCGCAGCCGGGGGAGCCUGGUCCUGCAGACCUCACUCCUCACGGGGGAGUGGGGCGAUAAGGGCACCGCCCGGCCCCCACGCGGGAGCUGCUCGCGAACCGCCACCCGGGAGAAGGGGCUCAGGCGCGCGCUCGGCCGCCGGGGGGCGCCCCUGGCUGGCUCCCCGCCCCAGGGCGCGCGGCCUGCGGGAAGAUGCCGCUGUCCGGCGGGGAGCGGGGCACCCGCCUGUCGUGGCUGCUGUGCUGCAGCGCCCUGCUAGCCCCGGCCGCCGGCUACGUGAUCGUGAGCUCCGUGUCCUGGGCGGUCACCAGCGAGGUGGACGAGGAGCUGGACAGCGCGUCCACCGAGGAGGCGCUGCCCGCGCUGCUGGAGGACUCGGGCAGCAUCUGGCAGCAGAGCUUCCCGGCCUCGGCGCACAAGGAGGACACGCACCUGCGGCCUCGGGGCUCCGGCCGCGCCAGGCCCGCCCCGGCCCCGCGCGGCAUGUUCUCCUACCGGCGGGAGGGCGGCCCGGCCGCGCCAUCCCCCGGCCCCGGGGCGCGCGCCGCCACCGCCCGCUCCCUGGCGCACGCCAGCUCCUGGGGCUGCCUGGCCACCGCGUCCACCCACGAAAAGAUCCCAGGACUGCCGUUUGGGAGCUGCCUGGCCAUCAGCGACGGCCCCUUACAAAACAGCACAGGGACGCCUUUCUUCUACGUGACAGCCAAGGACCCUGCAGUGGCUGACUUGGUGAAGAACCCCAUAGCCUCGCUGCUGCUGCCGGAGCCUGAAGGAGAGUUCUGCAGGAAAAACCUCGUUGACCCGGAGGACCCCCGCUGUGCCCGGUUAACGCUCACUGGCCGAAUGAUCACCGUGCCGCCAGGGGAGGUGGAGUUUGCCAAGCAGGCCAUGUUUUCAAGGCAUCCCGGCAUGAGGAAGUGGCCCCGCCAGUAUGAAUGGUUCUUCAUGAAGAUGUGGGUAGAGCACAUCUGGCUUCAGAAAUGGUACGGAGGCGUGUCCGACAUCCCGCUCGAGGAAUACUUCCAAGCCGCCCCCAGAAAGGCCUGAUGGUCACAUGGAAGUCCCAGGUUCGCACGAAAAUGAAGCGAAGAAGCCACCAGUCUCUGCCUGACUGACGUCUGUGAAGGGCGCCUCAUGCCCCGUCCUCCUACAGCAGAACGACAGAGGGUGAACAGGGAACCCUGGGCUAGCCUUCAGGUUCAUCGGGGCGGUCCCUUUGCAGAGACACCGUCCACACAGGCGCUUCACGUAGAAAGUUUUUGUUUACACUCUGCUCAGUCCAGACACACCCAUUUGGAAGUCAUGGUUGUCAAAAUGGAAGCGGUGGUUGCUACUCUGUUCUUUAAAAAAAAAAAAAAAUGAUGCCUGUAUGUACCAUGCUGUCGCCUUGUAUCAUGAGAAUGUUGUGUUGCUUAUGUCCACAAGCAGUGCCUUGGAUGGAAGCCCGCUGCACGAAAAGAGCUGGCAGCGCAUCACACGGCACUGCUGUGGGCUCAGGGCAGGGUGGACGGCUUCUUGUCUGGAGGUUAUUCGGUAUGUCACUGAAUGGCAGACAUGUUUCUAGGAUGUCCUGGUCACCUGGGCAGCCCCCUCCGUCCCCGUAGUGUGGCAGGCACGAGCAUGCAGCUCUGUACACAGCCCCUUCUGUGCGCGCAGACUACAGCAGCACGUUAGCAAGAACGGAGCCGCUUUGGCAUUGGGCCUUCCAGAUUCCCGCCGUUAACAUUUCUGGUAGAAAGCACCCCCCUCUACCCCUCAGGAGAUGGGGUGUUCAAAAUAAGAAGCACCUCCUUCCACAUGACCCAGCGCACCGUGCAAGAGUGCAAUGGGGAGAGCAAGGGUGACGUGCGAGAGACGGGGUUCUCAUGGCCGGCCUGGGGCCCAACCCUCGACACAAGUCACCUCACCUGAGCCCUCCUCGGUGGCUUGCAUGUCCUAGUGUCCCUGUCCUGACGGAAGCCUGGGGCUCAAGGAGGGCUCAGAGUCCCGACACGCUGCAGGUGACAAGUGGUGUGCUCCCUCCGAGGUGUCCAGUUUUAAAAAUGAAAGACUUACUGAAAUGCACAGGUGGGCCUCAAGCGAGGACUGUGAUUGAAGGAGAAGUGACCCGUUUGCCUGGAGGUCAUCUGUCACUGCUGGGAGUGCCAGGGCAGGGAGCAUUGGCAAACCGUUGACAACAGUUGCUGGCAUUUGGAAGAUGCUGGACUGAAACCACAUAGCUGAGGCUUGAGUGGACCAAAGCACCCACCACCAAGGCCAACUUUUCUGUCUUUCCACGAUGGGCAGAAGCUCUCUUCAGUGGACCAGGUACGUUGCGUAACAUGAAAACACAUCACAUGUGGAAAACACACACAUUCUAAAGUAGUUUUGCUUAACGGAGUAAGACACCAGCAGGAUUUGUGUUGUCCGAACAUAUCUAAGUGCUUUGUACCAACUGUCUCGUUAGCUGCACAGGUUAUUUCACUUGACACAGCCAAUUCACCAGAGUUCCCGACAAUCAUUAUCUCUAAUACACAGUUGUAGACCAGCUCUGCUAGAGGUAGUUCCCGUUUCUAGAGGUUAAAAUCAUUGCUACGCCCAAUUCUGACGAAGGUGGGGGCUGGAAGAACAAGCCACCAUUAAAGGUGCUCUGGAAGCCCACCUCAGACACGUCACUGCCUCCCGGCACAUCUUGCUGAUUCUUUGGCUGUGGUUAUUAUUUAGCUCCUUAAGCAUCCCUGAUGAUUCAGAGGCUUUAAAGAGCAGGUUCCAAUUAGAAGCACUAAAGACGCCUAUCAGCUAGUUAGCAAAAUUACAAGAAAUGAAAUCUGAAAAGGCUGGACAGCAAGAACAAUAUAGAAAGCUAAUGGGCUUCAGUCAGAUGGACCCUGUUCAGGCAGACGUGUUUUAGCAAAUCACCAAGAAUUUACAUCGAAGUAUAAUUUGUAGGACUGAAUUGGAAGUUUUAGACAUAGCAAUAAGACACAAAAAAAGAAAUGAAAUGUGUACAAAUUGGAAGGAAAAUCCUCAAAGUAUCCUAUUUACAAUAACAUGACUACACAGAAAAUUACAAAUUAUCUACUUUUUAAAAGUCAGCAAUGACAUUUAACAAAUGUCACGGGGCAUGUAAACCCUAGGUUAAUGACAGACCUUCCAGAAAAACUAAGUCAGAAGAGCUCAUGUUUGUAAACACCAAUGUGGAACUAUAAUGCUACAGAGAGAACUAGAAACCCUUUGGAACAAGAGCUCAGCAGGAUGUUUUUGAUGAAUUAGACCUCAUUAAAAUGUAAACGUUUGCCUAUGCAAAGGACUCUGUUAGGAGGAUGAAAAGACACAUGAUGGUGACAGAAUGUCUGCAGACAAGUCUGGCAAAGUUCCAGCUUCGGGAAUGUAUACAAAUGACAGCCAGGUAGGAAGGAGGCAGAUAGUCACGUACUGUGGCUGGGAGCUUAAAACAGAACAGCCACUGGAAAGCCACUUGGCUGUUUCCUAAAACACUAUCCAACUGCCUACCAACCAGAAACCAGACACUGGUCCCAGAGGAAUGAACACUCAUGUUCGCAUGUGAUGGGGCCAGCAGACGGUUCGUCCAGCUUGGUGGUGAAGGCACUACCAAGCAGCUGUGACGACCUGAGUUCCAUUCCCAAAACCCACCUAAAGUGGUGGGAAGAGGGAACUGACUUCCCAGAGCUCUGUGCUCCUUAGGCACACUGCGGCAUAACGUGCACACACACACAAUUAAAAACAUGCAAACUGUCCUCAGCAUUAGAAAGCUGGAAUCCGCUGGGCAUGUUGGAGGCAUCUUUAAUUCAAAAUCUCAGGAGGCAGAAGCAGGAAGAUCUCUGAAAUCAAGGCCAGCCUGGUCUACUUAACAAGUUUCAGACAGCCAGGGCUACGUAGAGAGACGCUGUCUCAAAACACACACACCCUCUCUCUCAGAACCAACUAGGGGCUGGUAGGACAACUUGUGGUAUACCUAUGCCAUAGAAUACUACGCAGCGAUGUAAAAGAGCUAUAUUGACCCCCAGCAGCAGCUCGAGUGAAAAUUACGCUAGAUGAUUAAAGCAAGCCAUAAGAGUGUUCACAUUACAUACGUCCACUCGUGGAGUCUUCUGAAUGUGAAGUUUAAGUGUGAAGACUGGAUUGUGGGUUUUCAGGAAGGAGGCUGCAGAAUGAGACCAGUGAGCAUAACUGUAAGAGGAUAAUGAUGGAUUCUUAAGGUGGCAGCAGCACCAGUAUCUUGACCUAAAUCAAUAUUGAAUUGGAAACGGGGUAAAACGAACACAGGCUCUCCUGCUACUCCUAAAACUGCACCUACAACUGUCUCAGCAUCUGCGUGGCCGCACAGGGAAGGCUUUAGUGGAAAGGCUCACGUAGCUAAGUCAUUUAUGCUCUCUUGCUUUUGAGUCCCCAACAAAAUGAAGAAUUGCGCUAUCUAUCAAAAGCCCUUUCUUUUGUCAGUAACCAAUUCACACAUCUGCAGGAACCAUGCAACGCUUGUUUUAAAUGCUUUCUAAGUGUGUUCAAUUUAAUGCUGAACACAAAUGACUAAGAACCUGGCAGGGCCUGAGGGACAGCUCAGGAGAGCACCCCCUUAGCUCACGUGAAGCACUGGGCAUGACCCCAGACUGGGGAAAAGAAACCUGAUGGGCGUGUGGGUGCGCUGUACAGAUUUUCCAUGGGAUGUUGAGAAGAGAUGGAGGUCCUUGAGUAUUCAAGUUUUGACAUUCACAUGUUGAGUAUAACUAACUGGGUCUGUAAAUAAGGUCUUCUUACUGUGUUCCUGGUAAUUGUCCUCUGAAUAUCAGGGGAGUCUUUGCUCUCUGCUAAUGAGAUGUGUAAAGUACACCCAGACCCCAUGUAUUUGUCACGGUCUCCCAUGACCACAGAGCUGGCAGCCGUGAGUGCCCUGGUGUGCACCUGCCUUGGUGUAUCUUGACUCCUAGCGACUGCUGUUUUAGGAUUGAAGUGUGUUCCUGAAAUUGUUCCCAGAAGCCCGUGUUUCGUUUUCAGUGGCACAGCUGUGGCAGUGAUGUAUUUGUUGAUGGUAAACUUCUCCAGGAUAACUUACUGGUUCUCGUUUGGUUGUGGCAGUACAGGAGUCUUAAUUGUGGUUUGUCUGUCCCAUGCGAUACAUGUGGAGGACAAAGUCCGUCCUCACGCCAGGUGUGCCUGUUUUGUCCGUUCCUAGUCCAGCUUCUGUGCUUGACUGCACAUUCCUAACUGUAGUGGCAUGGGUCUACGGCGCCGUUUUUUUUUUGUGUGUGUGUGUGCUGUUACGAAUCAGCAUUAUUAGGUUCCUAAGAAAGCGGAGGCUACUACAACUCGCCUCAUGAAAAGCAUCCAACAGAAAGAGCGUGGCUUCUGAGGUUCAGCAGAGACUGGCCUUGCUGUCCUGCCCAGGCGGAUCUCGGACCCUCGGGCUGCAGCGAUCCUUCAGAGCGGCUGGAACUCACAAGGCUCGCCGUCCAUCAUGGCCGCCACAUCUCCAGGAGGCUCUGGGGUGUAUGGAAUUUGUUUGAUGACUUAGAAAUGCUGUCGUCGACUCCAGCCCAUCUGCGGUAGGAACAGGAUGGGCCCCGAUGCUCCGAGGGCAGUUGACUGCGGAGGAGGGAGAACCGCUCUUCUUGGGCGCAUGGCUCCCGCUUGCACCCACAGCCGAGCAUACACAGGCAGCAUUAACCGGGGUUAGUGGGAUUUUGUUUUAAUUAAACAAGGAGACGAGAAGAGGGCAUGAAAUGGAGGUAGACGUGAGGGUGGGAACCCCAGGGGGGACGAAGGGAAACUGGGAUGGGGGGAUGGCGAUAUUUCUUUGUAAAUGCACACUAAAUUGUCAAAGAAUAAAAAUAUAUAAAUAAAAAGAAAAACAGUUGU